AUGGUAUUUCAUGUCGAGCGCCCCAAGCGCCUCGACGAGGUGCGCGCCGAGUGGGCACAGAAAGACACGCACAGCGAGGCGGCCAAGGGCUCCGGCCGCAAGGUCUCCCGCCAGCAGUUCGCGCCACUGAGCCCUUCAGCCUGGAGUUCCCCGAGCCCGUCCUGCUCCGCCGCCUGGAGCCCGAUGCCGAGCCCGAUGCAGGAAGAAGCAGAGGAGGACCAGGAAUUCGCCGACUUGAAGAAGGCGCUUCGCCUGGAGGGCGGCCAGAGGUUGGCGACGGCGGCCGAGUUGGCCGCCGCGUGCGGCGCCGCGCUGGAUGCGCUGGACAAGGGCUGCCAGCGGGAGCCACAAAUAGACCCCAGUGCUGUCGCCGAAGGCGCCCGCCUUCACGCCCAUGUCGAGCCCGAAACAGGUCUUCCUCCCGGAGCCCCCCGCCUGGACCCCGAACUUGGAGGGAGCCGACGCCUGCUGCUGGGCUGGCUGCUGAGCGCCGAGCGGGGAGAGGAGGCUCGCGCCCCUUCCCGCGUGGCGUGGCGCCGUGCAGGGUCACCCACGCGGCCGGCGGCCUUUUCAUAUCUCCGCCACCAAGCAGCAAGUGUUGCUUUCCAGUCGCGGAGGAGGAGGCGGAGGAUGAGGAGGAUGAUACGGACGCGCGUCGCCGCAUGCAGCCUGAGUCCCGCUAUUUGA